AUGGACAGGGACGUCAGCGGUGGAGUCAAGAGACCGUUCUGGACCGACCUACCCUACACUGACAUACACAUGUCUGUCACUCCCGACGUCUUGCACCAGCUCUAUCAGGGCAUCUUCAAGCACCUGGUGUCUUGGUGCGAGGAUCUCCUGGGCCCGGACGAGCUCGACAGCCGCCUCCGCUGUCUCCCUCCGGCGUUUGGGAUCAGACAUUUCAAACAAGGUAUCUCAUCUCUGGCGCAGGUCUCUGGAAAGGAACGGAAGGACAUGGCGAGAAUCCUACUGGGAUGUCUCAUAGGGAAGAUCUCGAAACCCGUCAUGCUCGCAUUCCGCUCACUUCUAGAUUUCAUUUAUCUCGCUCAGUACCCUACCCACGACGAUGCUACUCUACAAUAUCUCACAGAGGCUCUGAAGACAUUUCACAAACACAAGGACGUCCUCGUGAAGCUCGGCAUACGAGACCACCUCAACAUACCCAAGCUACAUUCCCUCCUCCAUUACGUCGAAUCCAUCCGACUCUUUGGCACGACGGAUAAUUAUAACACGGAAAUGUUCGAAAGGUUGCACAUCGACCUGGCGAAGGACGCGUGGCGAGCCUCAAAUCACAAGGACGAGUUCCCGCAAAUGGUCCGAUGGAUUUCGCGCCGAGAGAAAAUGGCACUCUACGAGGUCUUCCAGAACGAGCGUCGGGCGGACGAAGAGGCGGAGGAUCUGCCAGAGGAAGAGGAGGAGGGGAGCGCGAGGGACUGCGUGAAGAUUGCCAAGUAUCCGCCUGCACCUCAACAACAUCUCGCGAGGAUCCAAGAGCGUCAUAGUGCUCCGGGAUUCACGACGGCUUUGGUUGGGCUCAUCAACAGCUUACAACCUGACGAACUCCGGCUGACUCGACAGGAUCUGGCGCGAACCUGGUUGCCGUUUGAUCGAGUAGAUGUCUAUCAUAAAUUCCAGUUCAAGCGGAAUGAGCUGUCGGAUGGGAAGGACGAGCUUGACGUCGUCAAGGCAGUGCCGGGUGGGGUCAGACAGGGUCGAAAAAACCGGUUCGAUACUAUCAUCGCGCUGGAUACUGAGGAGGCGGAGUCAACUGGUGUCAAAGGUGAGUCUAAUAUUCGCGUGCAGGACACGCCACAGUUCUGA